AUGCAUGAUAUGAUCAAGAGCGGUGACAAACUUUCACUUGUCAAAACCAGUCGACAGGCUUCUUCACCACAUCUACCAACUGAGAUCCUGUCUCAGAUCUUGAUUUCACUAACACUAUUGACACAGUGGACUUCCAACACUUGGAGAAAAAUGAUGGAUGUCCUGCUCAGCUGCUGUCACGUAUCAAAAACCUGGUGUGAGGUCGCAAGAGAAAUUCUUUAUCGGUGUAUCCAACUAUCUCAGAUUGAAUCCCUUCGCCUACUUCUGCGCACCGUGCGCAGCGACAGCUUUGGUGGCCUUUGCCCUGCUCACGCCCUCUAUUUCAAGUCUCGUUUUUCAACUGACAAAGAAUUUGCGACACUCGCUGGAGAGAUUAUUGCCUGCUGCCCGAACCUCAUGUACCUGACAGGAGAUCAUAACCCCCUGUGUUUCACCAACAUCAUGGCCCUUCCUAAGUACCCAUUCUUGACGAGGCUCAAAGUAUCUGGGCAGGACUUACAAUUCCUUGCCCCUCUCCUACCUCAUCUAUGCAAUCUCGAGUCCUUCGAGAUGGAAGGAAGCUACGGUGAUGUUCAUGUUCCCGGACUUUACUUUCCCCCGCCUACCUUCAAGCUUUCGAACAUAUCGAUAUCUCGGACAGAGUUAUCUCCCAGCCUGUGCAAAUGGCUAUUCUCAUCCAGUUCCGAAAGUAUCGAGUCCUUAGAGGUGGAGGAAGUAGGUGCGAGCUCGUGUCAUUUGGUCGAGGUCAUUGGGGAUUCUGUGAAGAAGCUUCACGUCAAAACUAAGUCUCGUUGUCUACCGACGAACGACUCAGAGGCCAUCAAAGUGCUAUCUGGGUUGACAGGACUGCGAAGCCUUCGCAUCGACGGAUGGGGUCUAGAACCAAAACCUUUGCUCAAUUUACAAUCAUCAUUGGAGACAUUGGCGUUCUCCAACUCUGUCGCGUGUAAUGUCCUGUUCCUGCUGCAGUCGGGUUGGCAGCCCUCUUUACAGUCGCUGGACAUGUAUUAUGAGCCAGGCUCCCCCGUGAACUCCUGGAUCUCGGCCAUGGUUGAAUUCCGGGGGAAACAUGAGCUGGCGAGAACCUGUGCUACUCGUGGUAUCCAGUUAAACGAGAUUCAUUCAAUAUACAGGCCUCCUAGUGAUUUGGUACCAGUAUGUGGGUUCGAGAAAUUCUUGACAUAUUGA